AUGAACGCUUCCAUCUUCUUCGUUUUCCUAAUUCUCCUCAACAUCAUAACAUGUUCCGGCCAAAACACUAAUUGCCAGCCCUGUGAGAAUUUGGGUGGGACUUGCGAGAAUGAAAACGGCGGUUUUGUAUGUAUAUGCCACGACGGCCAAGGUAACCCGACGCCGUGCAUCAUCCCCAAGGAUCAUAAACGAGAUUGGUUGUUGAAGACGGGCAUUGCUAUUGGUGCGUCGGUGUUCACUCUUCUCGUCGUCGCCUUAGUCAUCUUUCUUUAUCGUCGUCGAAACAAACAAAGCUCUUACGCGAACUUAUCAUGGUUAGCUUCUCGACUUACGUGGUCCUCCCAAGCCUCUCCGGGAAAGGAUAUUGAAAAGGAUAUCAGAAAGGCGCCAGCAAGUAACUACUUUGGAGUCCAAGUUUUCACGUGUGGUGAGCUCGACAAAGCCACUUGCCACUUUAACUCGAGCCGAGAGCUCGGGGACGGAGGCUUCGCCUCCGUCUACUUAGGCAAGCUUCGCGACGGGCGACUCGUCGCCGUCAAAAGACUACACGACAACAACUACAAGCGAUUCGAGCAAUUCGUCAACGAAAUCGAGCUUCUCGCCCGUCUCCGCCACAAGAAUCUCGUAACCUUAUACGGUUGCACCUCCUACAAAUCACAAACCCCGCUCCUCGUCUACGAGUACAUCUCAAACGGGACCAUCGCGGAUCACCUCCACGGGAAGAGAUCCUCCCCCGGAUCCCUCUCGUGGAACUCGCGUAUGAGCAUCGCGGUCGAGACCGCAACGGCUCUUUCAUAUCUACACGCGUCGGACGUCAUCCACCGCGACGUGAAGACCGCGAACAUCCUCCUCGACGACAAUUUCACCGUCAAGGUUGCCGAUUUCGGGCUCUCCCGUCUCUUCCCUACACACGUCACCCACGUCUCAACCGCACCACAAGGCACACCUGGAUACGUAGAUCCCGAGUACCACAAGUGUUACCAGCUAACCGAUAAGAGCGACGUCUAUAGCUUUGGGGUGGUUCUCAUCGAGCUGAUAUCGUCAAUGCCCGCCGUGGACAUUACCAGGCAUAGACGCGAGAUUAACUUAUCCGACAUGGCUAUCAACAAGAUCCAAUGCCACACUCUGCACGAGCUUGUGGACCCUGCUAUUGGAUACGAGUCGGAUUACAAGACUAGGAUGAUGGUCGAUAAGGUCGCGGAGUUGGCAUUUCAGUGCUUACAAGAUUCAAAAGACUUUAGGCCGACAAUGGACGAGGUGUUAGAAAUCCUACAAGGCAUUCAGAAGGAGGGAUUCGAAUUGAAACACGAUGGUGAUAGUGAGUUUGUUGAUCUUUCUUCUUCUGAAUUGUAG